CUCUCUCUCUCUUCUUUCUGUGUGAUUUUGUGGGACAGGCUUCGACAGGGUCUGCUACUUGCCAACAAAUCGAGGCCCCAAGCAAAAGAUGGAAAUGCAAAAUCGACUAGCAAUCAGUUCUUAUGAAGGGAUUCAACUUCCGUUGAAUUGAAGCUAUAACCGGUAAUUCUCUUUGAUCCAAUCCAUUUCGCACCAUGAUUCGCUGAAUGGAUGUGUGUUCUUUCAUCGUGCACCAAUGUCGAUUUCGCAAACACUAGGUGGCACGUCCAGAUGCGGCCGUGCGAUCGGCCCUUCCCUUGACAAGAUCGUUAAGAAUGCGGCUUGGCGUAAGCAUUCUCACCUUGUUUCCUCUUGCAAAUCCGUUCUCGAUAAGCUUGAUUCUAUUAAGGAGGCUGCUCUUGAUCCCGCAUCCCCGAUUGCUGGUCUUUCACCGGCUGAUGCAGAGUUUGUGCUCCAACCCCUCCUUUUGGCUCUUGAUGCCGCCUACGUCAAGGUUUCCGAGCCCACGCUUGAGUGCGUCUUCAAAUUGUUCUCCCGCGGUAUUUUCUGUGGGGAGAUCGAGCGGCCGGAUGGCGAGGCGAAUUCCGGUGCCAAAUCCAUUAUGUAUAAGAUCAUUGAGUCUGUUUGCAAGUCGGGAGGUCUAGGUGAUGAAGGAAUUGAGCUCACUGUUCUCAGAGUGUUGCUCUCUGCGGUUCGAUGCCCUUGUGUAUUGAUCCGCCGGGAUUGUCUGGUUACUGUUGUUCGGAAUUGUUAUAAUGUCUAUCUGGGUGGUUUAAGUGUUACGAAUCAGAUCUGUGCGAAAUCCGUUCUAGCUCAAAUAAUGGUCAUUGUUUUCAGUAGGGCGGAGGAAAACUCCAUGGAUGCUCCUUUGAGAAUAAUUACUGUGAGUGAAUUAUUGGAAUUUACAGAUAAGAACUUGAAUGAAGGCAAUUCUUUAUAUUUUUGCCAGAACUUUAUUAACGAGAUAAUGGAUGCUAGCGAAGGGAUUGCGGACUUGAAGCUUUAUUCAUUUUCGGCACAAUUGCAGAAUGGCCAUGCUUCCCCACUGAAAGGUGACAAUAAAGGUGACUCUGAUGUAGGAGAAGUGGAGGAUGGAGCUGAAUCAGGUGGUUGUAGUAAGAUUAGGCUGGAUGGAUUCCAUUUGUUUAAGAAUUUGUGUAAAUUGUCGAUGAAAUUCUCAUCACCGGAGCACCCAGAUGAUCAGAUCCUCUUAAGAGGGAAAAUAUUGUCUCUGGAACUGCUAAAGGUGGUCAUGGGUAAUGCAGGCCCGGUUUGGCGCUCUAACGAGAGGUUUCUCAAUUCUAUCAAGCAAUUUCUCUGUUUAUCAUUAUUAAAAAACAGUGCCCUGUCGGUGAUGGCCAUCUUCCAGCUUCAGUGUUCUAUUUUUACGAGCUUGUUGACAAAAUUUAGAUCAGGAUUGAAAGCAGAAAUUGGUAUCUUUUUUUCCAUGCUUGUCCUCCGAGUCCUUGAGAAUGUACUUCAGCCUAGUUUCUUGCAGAAAAUGACCGCGCUCAAUUUGUUGGAUAAGAUAUCUCAAGAUUCACAGAUUAUGGUCGAUAUUUUUGUCAACUACGAUUGCGACGUUGAUUCCCCAAAUAUUUUUGAGAGGAUGGUGAAUGGCCUUUUGAAAACUGCUCUUGGACCACCUUCUGGUUCAACCACAACAUUGUCUCCCGCACAGGAUGUCUCAUUUAGGCUUGAAUCUGUUAAGUGUUUAGUAAGCAUCAUUAAAUCAAUGGGAACUUGGAUGGACCAAAAAUUGAAGCUAGAUGAUACAUAUUUUCUCAAGACUUCUGAGAACGAUGCUUCUCCCGAGAAUCCUUUAAGUGGGGAAGAAACAGGUGCUGUUGACUCUGAGCUUCAAUCAGAUGGAAAUUCUGAGUUCUCAGAUGCUGCUACACUUGAGCAACGAAGAGCUUACAAAAUCGAACUCCAGAAAGGUAUUUCGCUGUUCAAUAGGAAACCUUCCAGGGGUAUUGAGUUUCUAAUUAGCACAAAAAAAGUUGGUGGUUCUCCUGAAGAGGUGGCUUCUUUUCUCAAGAAUACCAACGGCCUGAAUGAAACAGUCAUUGGGGAUUAUUUAGGGGAAAGGGAGGAAUUCCCUUUGAAAGUUAUGCAUGCUUACGUUGAUUCCUUUAAUUUUAAUGCGAUGAACUUUGGCGAAGCAAUAAGGUUUUUCCUGCGAGGCUUCAGGUUGCCAGGAGAGGCACAAAAGAUUGACCGCAUCAUGGAGAAGUUUGCUGAGCGGUACUGUAAAUGUAACCCUGGUUCAUUCACAAGUGCAGAUACUGCUUAUGUUCUUGCUUAUUCUGUAAUUAUGCUGAACACAGAUGCUCAUAAUAACACGGUGAAAGAAAAGAUGACAAAAGCUGAUUUUAUCCGAAAUAAUCGAGGAAUUGAUGAUGGCAAGGAUUUACCUGAUGAGUAUCUUGGUACUCUCUAUGAUCAGAUUGUUAGGAAUGAAAUUAAGAUGAAUUCUGAUUCUUCAGCUUCACAAAGUAAGCAGGCAACUAGCAUCAACAAACUUUUGGGCUUCGAUGGUAUACUCAAUUUAGUUUCUUGGAAGCAGACAGAAGAAAAAGCCGUUGGCGCCAAUGGGCUUCUUAUAAAGCACAUACAGGAGCAGUUUAAGGCGAAGUCUGGAAAAUCUGAAUCUGUUUAUCACGCUGUGACUGAUAUAACAAUAUUGAGGUUUAUGGCGGAAGUCUGCUGGGGUCCUAUGUUGGCGGCAUUUAGUGUGACUCUUGACCAAAGCGAUGAUAAUGUUGCUACUUCUCAGUGCUUAUUAGGCUUUCGGCAUGCUGUGCAUGUCACAGCUGUCAUGGGCUUGCAGACUCAACGGGAUGCUUUCGUGACGUCCAUGGCUAAGUUUACCUAUCUUCAUUGUGCUGCAGAUAUGAAACAAAAAAAUGUUGAAGCUGUGAAGGCUAUAAUAUCAAUUGCCAUAGAGGAUGGUGAUUUUCUUCAAGAGGCAUGGGAGCACAUAUUUACAUGUCUCUCUAGAAUUGAGAAUUUACAAUUAUUGGGAGAGGGUGCACCACCCGAUGUAUCCUUUUUGACAACGUCAAAUAUUGAAGCUGAAGAGAAAGCACUGAAAUCGAUGGGUUUAUCAACUCUGAAGAAAAAAGGUCUCCAAAAUCCAGCUGUUAUGGCCGUUGUUCGUGGAGGUUCAUACGACAGCACCUCUCUUAGAGCGAAUUCUCCCGGACCAGUAACUCCCGAACAGAUUAACCACCUAAUUUCAAACUUGAAUUUGCUGGAUCAAAUAGGCAAUUUUGAGUUGAACCACGUAUUUGCUCAUAGUCAAAGCUUGAACGGUGAAGCAAUUGUAGCAUUUGUGAAGGCCCUUUGCAAAGUUGCUAUUGCAGAGUUGCAGGCUCCUACAGACCCACGUGUGUUCAGCCUCACCAAACUAGUUGAAGUGGCGCAUUACAACAUGAACCGCAUCAGAUUGGUGUGGUCUCGCAUGUGGAAUGUUCUCUCUGACUUCUUUGUGUCAGUUGGCUUAUCAGAAAAUCUGUCAGUUGCAAUAUUUGUGAUGGACUCACUGAGACAGCUCGCCAUGAAAUUUUUGGAGCGUGAGGAGCUUGCGAAUUAUAACUUCCAGAAUGAAUUUCUGAGACCUUUCGUAAUAGUUAUGCAGAAAAGCAACUCCACAGAAAUUAGGGAAUUAAUAGUUCGAUGCAUUUCGCAGAUGGUUCUCAGUCGGGUCAAUAAUGUGAAAUCUGGAUGGAAAAGUGUUUUCAUGGUUUUCACUGCUGCUGCUGCUGAUGAGCGGAAGAAUAUUGUCUUAUUAGCUUUUGAAACCAUGGAAAAAAUAGUUCGAGAAUACUUUCCUUAUAUAACUGAAACUGAAACUACAACAUUUACUGAUUGUGUUCGAUGUCUGAUAACUUUUACAAAUAGCAGAUUUAACAGUGAUGUAAGUCUCAAUGCCAUUGCAUUCCUCCGGUUUUGUGCCGUAAAACUUGCGGAAGGGGGACUUGUUUGCUAUGAGAUGGUGGGAGAAAAUGGUUCAUCCAAAUCUCUUGAUGCACCCACACCUACACCCACACCCCCAGAUAAGGAUGAUUAUGCUUCCUAUUGGGUUCCUUUGCUUGCAGGGCUAUCAAAGUUAACAUCCGAUCCAAGAUCACCAAUCAGGAAAAGUUCCUUGGAAGUACUUUUUGAUAUCCUGAAGGAUCAUGGUCAUCUUUUCUCACGUCAAUUUUGGGUUGGUGUUACUAAUACCGUAGUUUUCCCCAUAUUCAAUUCUUUGCAUGAGAAGAAAGAAGUGGACAUGAAUGAACUUGAUGAACAUUCAGAAGGAAGUACAUGGGAUUCUAGUACCUGUCAAGUGGCAGCUGAUUGUUUAGUAGAUCUGUUCAUUAGUUUUUUCAGUGUAAUAAGGUCUCAACUGCCUGGCGUGGUGAGGAUUCUGACGGGACUCAUUAGUAAUCCGAUCAAGGGUCCUGCCAGCACGGGCGUCGCCGCGUUGCUGCGUUUGGUAGGCGACUUGGCUAAUAGGCUUACUGAAAAGGAAUGGAGAGAGAUUUUUCUUGCUAUGAAGGAAGUGGCCACAUUACCUGUGCCUGGAUUUAUCAAGGUCCUGAGAACCAUGGACGGCGUUAAUGUUCCCGGGAUCUCUCGAUCUUCUAAUGAUGUCGAUGUGGCUUCAGAUCAAGGUCUCUCAACUGAUGGUCUCGAUGACGAUGAUCUGCAAACGGCCACCUACAUUGUUUCGAGAAUGAAGAGUCAUAUCUCAAUGCAACUCCUCUUCUUACAGGUAGUUACUGAUCUCUACAAGAACCAUACCCAACCAUUCUCAUCAGACAACAUUUCCAUCAUUCUAGACAUCUUUUCUUCCAUUUCCACACACGCCCAGAAACUGAACUCCGACACGAUCCUUCAAAAGAAGCUACAGAAAGUAUGCUCCAUCCUGGACAUAUCUGACCCACCCGUGGUUCACUUCGAAAACGAGUCGUAUCAGAGCCACCUCAACUUUCUCCAGAGUAUGCUCGCGAAGAAUCGGUUGCUAACCGAUUCAACUCUUAUUGAAUCCGAACUCAUCACGUUAUGUGAAGAAAUUUUGCAUAUUUACUUGAAGUGCACCGAGAUGCCAGGUGUGACGAAAGAAACCAACCCGGCCGUGCCACAUUGGAUUCUUCCUUUGGGUCCAGCAAGGAAGGAGGAACUGGCUGCUCGAACGUCUCUAGUCGCCUCAGCAUUACGGGUUCUAAGCGGGUUCGAAAGGGAUCUAUUUAAAAGGUACGCUCCACAGCUUUUUCCAUUGUUGGUAGAGCUUAUAAGGAGUGAACAUAGCUCUGGAGAAGUUCAGGUUGUUUUGAGCAGCAUAUUUCAAUCAUGUAUAGGCCCAAUAAUCAUGCAAUAAUAAGAUUAUAUAUAUACAUUCUUUAGCAUUCCUUUGUAAAUCUAUAUAUAUAUAUAUAUAUAUAUAUAUAUAUAUAUAUAUAUUUAACUAGGUGGCUUUAAGGUUUGAGCCAGCCACACUUUUUUGUAGAAUACGCCAAGUCCCAAAAAUUUUGCCUAGUGGAGAGAAGAUGUAUGUGCUAGCAUUGAUAGUAUAAAUUUGAGAGAAAAUUCUUUUUUUUUUUCUUUUUAUUUAUAUAUUUAUUCAAUCCUUUUUUGGGAUUUAAUUCCCAUAUGGUUGCCAUUUGUAGGCUUUCCUCGAAUAAAAACGCCACGGUU